AUGAGUCUCUUUGAUGGCAUCUACCCCUUCUACCCACAGAAGAGGAAGGCUGCUGUGUUUGACAUCAGCAUCAUCAUGGUGAUCAUGGUCUUCCUAACGCUGGCCUGCAGCUUCCUGCUCAUCAUCCCUGGCAUCCGCGGGCGGGCGAGGCUGUACUGGACUCUUCGUGUUCUCCUUAGCCUGGCCGUGGGGGUGGUGAUCGUUGUGGUGCAGUUCACAGGGGACUGGCAGAGCGGCUGGGUGAGAGCCAACACCUCCUACAAGUCCUUCAGCCCUGCCCUGGUCAGUGCAGAGGUCGGGGUGCACGUGGGCCUGGCAGGGGUCAACAUCACACUGCUGGGAGCCCCUGUGGGGCAGCUCAACGAGACCAUCGACUACAACGAGUUCUUCAGCUGGGGCCUGGGGGCAGACUACGAGCAGAGCUAUGUGGCAGGGCUGCAGAAGGGGCUGCCCAGCCCCAUCCUCUACGUGGCAGAGAAGUUCCGGGCACGGAGCCCCUGCGGCAUGCAGGGGCAGUACCGCGGCGCCGGCCGCUACGCCUCCAUCAGCCUCUGGGUGGCCUUCUGCACCUGGCUGCUAUCCAACCUGCUCUUCUCCAUGCCUGCCCUGGUGUAUGGAGGCUACAUUCUCCUGCUCACCGGAGCCUUCCUCAGCCUCUCGCUGCUCUCCUUCUACACCAUCAGCCCCUCCCUGCCCUGCCCUAUCCACUUCGGUCCUGCUGCCCUCUGCACAGCCUAUGGGGGCUCCUUCUGGCUCACCCUGGCAGUGGGCUUGCUCUGCUUGGCGGCUGGGGUCGCUGUGGUCCUGCUGCACCGCUUCAAGUCGGACCUGCUGAAAACUUUCUUUGCCCUCCGCGAGGACCGAGCAGAGGAGUGCCGGAAGGUGACUGCGGUCCGCGGCAGCCCUCACCUCCUGGGCAAGGGACUGGCUCCCCUGCAGCCCUCCCAGCGCAGCCCCUGCAGCAGCUAG